AUGUCGCUCUCGGAUCCGGCAGCUAUCAGCAAAGCCCCAAGUGCCGACUUGAAGGUCAUAUUCCCGGACGAAAAGGUCAUGAAGCAAGUGGUGCUUGCCGCCCGGAGAGUGUCAAGUCCAAAGAAGCGGUCGAGUGUCAAUAAGGCAUCUCUUUCCCGCUCUGCUGCUGAACCGAAUGGGCAGGAAAGUGAGGCGCUGCUUUCGUUACCGACUACGUCAAAGACCGAGGAGGAGCUAUGUGAAUUGUGUAUCGAGACAAAUCGCGCUCCGCUGUUUCUAGCCUUCACUAUUGUGAUGCUUGGAUUUCUCCAGCCAGACCAGCCACUUUCAAGUCGUUUGUCGAUAGCUCAAGCGGUGGUCAGCGCAGGCGCACAGUCUAAGGCGAAGUAUCUUGGUCUGACAACCUCGCCGACAGCCGAGGAGGAUGUUUGGCUCAGGGGCCGCGACGUAGCCGUCAUGAGGAGACACACGACAUCUAGCGCGUCAGAGGUGCCCUCAGAGCCUGGAGCGCAGCAAACGAGCACGGCGUCACACCAAGCGUUCUGGGGAAUCGAUCUCGAGGCUCUGCGCAAAUCUAACGGGCCUUUGAUCGCAGGAGCAAGUGGCGGUAGGGAAGCAAUAGGACCUCCAAUUCAUACUCCACAAUCCGCUCGACAAUACCUUCUCAAGUCGAUGAAGAUUGUCACACAGGAGACGUCGCAGAGCGGGAGCAAGAAGAAAUCGGCCGCCGAGAUUAUGGCAGACAAGGAAGAGGCUGCAGCCGUGGUAUUGCGUGCUAUCGAAAUAAACUCGAUCGCAGAGCACAGUCCUGGUAUUCCCUCGUCCGACCCGACGUCGCGCAAGGGCAAGCUGGCUGGGGCCAAAGAGGUACACUGA